UUAAACCUCGACAGAGCCGACGUCUACAAGGUGAACACUUCCUGUAUCUUCCAGCGUUCUCAAGAUGACCCGCUGCAGGAGCACCUCCGGGGGAAUUAUUGGCGUAUGAGCGUCGCUAACUUCGAAGCACUGUUUUCUCGUCUCAAAUACGGAAUCACUUCUUCACGAACAACUGAAAGCAACGACGAUUCGAUUGCCCAAUCCGUAAGCUUGGGAGGAUUAUCACGAUCCCAUGACGAUUCGAUAGCUCAAUCGGUUAGCCUUGGAGGACUAUCACGAUCAUCCGUAAGCUCUCGGGACACUCCCGGGUUCAAAUAUGAACAAGCUCCUUCUUUGCGAUCGAAUGUAUCUAUUGAUUCAAGCCACUCAGUGAUAUCGUCCCAGAGCUCUGUAGAUACCUCUCGACUCAAGUAUGAACAACAGCCACCGGUACAUACACUUCGAAGCCAUGGUAUUUCUCCACCCACAUCGGGUAAUACUGGAGAGUCGUCAGGAUCUUCCCAAAGCUCCAGGGAUACCGUUAUUCGACAAUUCAAUGAAAAACUCAAAGAAUCAUUAACGAAGGAUUUCCCUGUACUACCGAGUAAAAUCAGUACAACAAGCAGUGUAACUCGUGGAAGUUCAAUUUCUCAAAAAUCAGCUGAAGCACCAAGUCGUUUGAGUGGAACUAGCACUGGAGUAACCACGACAACUCGCUCAGAUGAUACUGCCAAGGUUACUCAACCCACUGCUAAAGUAAUCGAGCACCGCCCGGUCCUAGUAAAAACGACGAUUUUGCCUCGUGAAGAGCCCAAGCUCACAUCGAAGAUCUCCAUCGAUUCCAGAGAAAAUCUGCUUAAGAAGCCGUCUCAGCCUACAAAUGGCAAAACAACAGCAGAUGGAGUAAAGGCGUCUGGUCCAAGUACCGUGUCCCAGAAUCGGACUCGGGAGCAGCCAACUCAACUAAGCACUGAGACAGUAACAAAGUAUGUAUAUGAAGUGUCAACACGUUCUCACAAACGUAGUUUUGGAGAGCUAAAUGGUGGAAAUCCGACGGAGCCGGACAGAAAGAUAAGCGCUCCUUCGAAGCCCUCUCGUGAGACUACAAUCGACGAUCCAUACUAUCCAACUGUGGUAGUUCGUCCGAAAGGAACUCCGAGCACGGGGCGGCACUCCUUCUACGAGAUCCGUCCCGAGACAACCAUAACGAGUGAAGCCAGCAAUCGUAGUCCAAGAAAAAUCCCAAAGGAAACACUAAUCGACUUCCGUAACGAGACGUCGUCAACGGGAGCUCUUGUGGAUCGUGAGCCAAUCCCGUACUUCUCGUUACCACGAUCUCGAUCAGCUGAUCGUAUUGACACGAUCAGUUCACCUGGCAGAUUAGAGUUUGCCGUCGAUCCGAGUGGCAGGCGAUACGAAAAUGUGCCGAAUUUGUAUACUGCGGACCAGAUGAACACUCCCACUUCAAGAGUUACAAUGCCCGCUUCAAGAGUCCCUCCUAGAGACUCAUCAGGGCGUAUUGAGGAACCCCAGCAGAACGGCAAUUUGGAUGACGUAAGGAUGAGAAACAGGAACGAGUUUACCAGGGAAAGGGACGGCGGAAAACGAGGCUUCGACCCAGCAUAUACACAACAGAACAUCGGUGCCCCAUAUCACCUCUAUGAUCAGCCUCCCAGGGAAGAUUUUGACAAAAAUGGGAUGAUGGUCUCAGGAAAUAUGACUCCAAGUCGGCCAUUGACUCAAAUUGAAGUGAACAGGAAGUCGAACGCUCAGAGUUCCGUCAGAUCGUAUCAUGACUCCGAUUACGGUGACGACUGGGGUGAUGAGACAAGAAUUGUCCACAGGGUAGACAAUGCUCGUCCACUCCCUCAGCUAGUCGAGGAGGUGUACCGGAGCCGUCACUACCCUGGCACCACGGAGCCGCAGCAGCAGCAGCAGCAGCAGCAUGUGAAUGAAAGCCAAACACCAGUAGCUCGUCCUUCCUACAUUCCUCUUCCAUAUCCUUCGCAAACGCCAGGAGCCAAUAUUACUCAAGGAGGCGGAAACGGUCUACGAUACGGUGGUGCAGAAAUACGUCAACUAGACCGAGGUGGAAACGGUAUGAUGACGUUGGAGAAGUCGGGCAUAGAAUAUGGAGGACCGGUUGCACAUCAGGUGAAUACUGGAAGGAAUGGAAUGAUGGGAAUGGAAAGCACGGGUAUGGAAUACGGUGGAGCGGAUACACGUCUACUGUAUGAUGGAAGGGGAGGAAUGCCAACCACGAAAAAGGUUACCACUACAGUAACUAGGUAA